AUGCUGGUGAAGAAUGGUGCUGAUCCUUGCGCUAAAAUUGAAUUAGCAAAUUUAAAUGUUACCGGUGUUAAGAAUAUAUUAAGCACUACACCGAUUAUUAACAUCAACAGCAUUUUCAUCUGCAAACCUCAGUAUAAUAGAUGUCCAACUACUCUAGCUCAUCUAGCUAUCGAAUAUAAAAAUGAAGAAUUGUUAGAUUAUGAGAUCAUUUCGAACGCAGAUCUAAAUAUCAAUAUCCCACACCAAGGAACUGUUUUGAAAGUUGCUGCGAAAAUGGGAAAUUUGAAUGUAGUUCAAAAAUUAUGUGAAUUUGGAGCCGAUGUUAAUUUACAAACUUUUGAAUGGUCCACGCCACCACUGAUUCAUGCUGCGAAGGAAGGUUUUUCGAGGUAG